CAUCCACAGUUGAGCAUUUUCUAAAAAAUUUGAACUAUGAGACAUGAGAAGAACAAAAUUGCCUCAAAACCCACAACAAGCCAUUAGAAUUGUGGAAAAUAUAGCCAAGACCAGUUCAAACCAAAAUCAACCCAGUUGGUCUUUCAUCAUAAGAAACCACCUUUCUGAAGGAAAUCCCGAUCAGGUGCUUUCUUUACACACCCAAAUACGCCAACAGGGACUCUACAUUUUAGGCCUUGUUCCUUUGAUAUUCAAGGCAUGUGCUUCUGCUUCUGCUUCUGCUUCAGCCCAAACUUAUGGAAAAUCUUUGCAUGCCGAGUCAAUUAAAUUUGGGGUAUCCGCCGAUUUACAUAUCUCCUCGUCAUUGAUUAGCAUGUAUUCGAGAUGCAGCAAUUUGAUUGAUUCCCGGAAGGUGUUUGAUGAAAUGCCCGAGAGAAAUGUGGUGGCAUGGAACGCGAUGAUCGGUGGGUAUUUGAAAAACGGGGAUAGAGAAUCUGCAUUGAAUUUGUUUGAAAAGAUGCCCAUGGGAAGAAAUUCAGUGACUUGGAUAGAGAUGAUCGAUGGGUUUGCAAAGAGUGGAGACACUUUAAGAGCAAGACAAUUAUUCGAUAGAGUACCAUUAGAGUUAAGUAACGUGGUGACUUGGACGGUGAUGGUUGACGGGUACAAUGCAAAUGGAGAACUAGAAGCUGCAAGGGAGAUCUUUGAAAUGAUGCCAGAAAGGAAUUACUUUGUUUGGUCAUCAAUGAUUUCUGGGUUUUGUAAGAGGGGUGAUGUUAAGGAAGCUAGGGAAUUUUUCGAUCGAAUCCCUGUUAGAAACUCGGUUAAUUGGAAUUCCAUGAUUUCAGGGUAUGCACAGAAUGGCUUCUGUGAGGAAGCUUUGGCAAUGUUCAGGAAAAUGCAGAACGAAGGUUUCGAACCCGAUGAAGUUACCAUCACAAGUGUUUUAUCUGCUUGUGCACAGUUAGGUGAAUUAGAUGUUGGAAAAGAAAUCCAUUAUCGUAUUAAGACGAAGGGAAUGAAGGCUAACCAGUUCGUUUCAAAUGCAUUAUUGGAUAUGUAUGCCAAAUGCGGCGAUUUAGGCCAAGCGAGGUUGAUCUUCGAACGAAUAAGUCACCGGAAAACCGCCUGCUGGAAUUCCAUGUUAUCGGGAUUUGCCAUUCAUGGAAAGUGCAGAGAAGCUCUAGAGUUUUUCAAAAGAAUGGAAGAGUUGAAUGAGAUGCCGGAUGCCAUCACUUUCCUUUCGGUUCUAUCAGCUUGCUCCCACGGCGGGUGUGUAGAUGAAGGGCUGGAAAUUUUCUCCAAGAUGGAGACUUACGGCAUUUUAGCAAGCAUCAAACAUUACGGUUGCUUAGUCGACCUUCUGGGGCGUGCCGGAAGAUUGAAAGAAGCUUUCGGCCUUGUCAAGAGAAUGCCGAUGAAGCCGAAUGAUGUAGUUUGGGGGGCUCUGCUCGGUGCUUGCAAGAUUCAUGUGGACAAUAACGUGUUAGAACAAGUGAUGCAAGAAGUCGUUGGAACGGAUAAUGAUUUGGAUUCUGGGGAUAAUUCACAUCAUGUGCUGCUGUCAAAUAUCUAUGCAGCUUCAGAUAGAUGGGAAAAGGCUGAAAAAAUGAGGAUGGCAAUGGUGAACAAGGGGUUUCAAAAGAUUCCAGGCCUCAGUUCAAUUAUACCCAAUCAUACGGAGAGGCAAGUCUUGCCCGUCUAGCUCAGUUGGUAGAGCACAAGGCUCUUAACCUUGUGGUCGUGAGAUCGAGUCCCAUUGAGGGUAAUUCAUAACGGAGGUUUUCCGCGGAAGCUGAUCUCAACCUGACGUUGGGGCAGCCUACUACCCUACCUCC